UAUAAUAUACUGCUGUUUCCGGUUUUUCCCUCUUUUCGGCAGCGGCUACGUACUCGCCAACAUGCCUCUCGCAAAAGACUUGUUGCACCCGUCCCCAGAGGAGGAGAAGAGAAGCCACAAGAAGAAGCGUCUCGUGCAGAGCCCGAACUCUUACUUCAUGGACGUCAAGUGUCCAGGUUGCUACAAGAUCACCACGGUGUUCAGCCACGCGCAGACGGUGGUGCUGUGUGUGGGCUGCUCCACCGUGCUGUGCCAGCCCACCGGGGGGAAGGCUCGCCUCACAGAGGGUUGCUCCUUCAGAAGAAAGCAGCACUAGCUGCUCGUCGGCGACCCCUGUUGGAAGGGAUGGGAGAGGCGGGGUUGGAACCCGGGGGAUCUCCGGUAGAGCCCCCACCCCGGAACGCCGAGCGACCCGGGCGGUGAGCAUCGGACCCGGCGCCGCCCGGACCGGCGCUAACCGGACUGACGGAUCGCCGGAGCACCCCCCCACCCCCCCCCCACACACACACCUCCACCCUGGCCUCUCUCACAAUAAAACGUGUCCUUUUUUUUGUCA